AUGCACAAAGUAGCGGGAUUUCGUGUGCCGCGAUUCUAUUUCCCACAUGGUGCGGCUUCGGAUUUGGAGCUGCAUGUGUUCGUUGACGCUAGCGAAGAGGCCUUCGCUGCUGUCGCCUACUGGAGGUCAAGAAAGCCGACUGGUGAAGUUGGUGUUACGUUAGUUUGUGCGAAGACGAAGUGCGCUCCACUGAAGGCCGUAACCAUUCCACCCCUGGAAUUGGAAGCAGCCGUCCUGGGUGUACGUUUACGGAAAUUGAUAUUGGAAAAUCACCAAAUACGUCCUGAACGAUGCUUCUUAUGGAGCGACUCUAGAACUAUCUUGAAGUGGAUUGGAAGCGAACAUCAACGCUACAAACCGUAUGUGGCGCACCGCGUUGCAGAGAUUUUAGAUGGGAGUGAGGUUCGCGAAUGGCGAUGGGUGCCAACGAAAGACAAUGCAGCCGAUGAUGCGACAAAAAGCCAUGGGAGUGUUGAUUUCUCACUAAAAUCUCGCUGGCUACAGGGUCCGAAUUUUCUGAGACGCGAUGAAGAGACGUGGCCUGCUGAAGAAAACAUCAGCAAGAUCUUUGUGGAAGCAGAUGAAGAGCUCCACUACAAUCGUUUCUCAAAUUUACUUAGAUUAAAAAGAGCAGUAGCGUGGGUUCUUCGAUUCAUAAACCGCUGCCGUAAACGGGAGCUGAAAUAUCUGGAAUAUGGACUUACUGCUGUUGAACUGGAAGCCGCGGAGCACGUAUUAUGGCUACGCGUUCAAUCGGAAUCGUUUACUUCAUAA